UUUCGCUCCCGAUGGCCAAGCUCAAGCGGAAGCGCGAGGAUGCGACCCCCGAGACGAGCGACCCGUAUGGGAUCCAUCUGCCCAUCUGCCCCAAGGAAGUCCACCGCAACAUGCAGACGACGACAACGGCAGGGAAGAAGCGCGGGCCUCGUCCGGCCACCAACUGCAGCGAGAACCCCAACUGCAUCUUCGGCCUCGGCGAGUACAUGGAGGGGAUCUGGAAGACGCACCCAGCUGUGCUGGAUGCGCUCGGCGACAACCCCUCCCUCGCGGUCCGGACGCGGGUGACAGAGGACGGACCAAGCACCCCGUGCGGCUUGCGCAACCUCGGCGCCACGUGCUACGUCAACAGCAUGGUCCAAGUUCUCUUCAUGGAUCUCGCCUUCCGCCGGGCCGUGCACGAGUGGAAGCCCAACGACCGGAGCCAUGUUGAUGUUGGUCGCCUCGGGCAGAUGCAAGCCCUCCAGCGCCUCUUUGCGAGCAUGCAGUUGAGCACCAAGUCUUUUGCCGACCCGCAAGCCUUCUCGGGUACAUUGAGCCUCGACGAAGACAUUCAGCAGGACGCCCAUGAAUUUACAAAGCUGCUCUUGACCCACCUCGAGUCCAUCUUUGCUUUCUCGUCGGACGAGCGCCAGCGUAGCUUUAUCAACCAGCACUUUCGCGGGCGCAUGCAGAACGUCACGACGUGCUUGCACUGCAACAUGGCGUCCACGCGGACCGAGCCCUUCAGCGACUUGAGUCUUGGCAUCCGGGGCCACGCGACGGUGCGCGACUCGUUGGAGGCGUUCUUGGCGCCCGAGCUGCUGGAAGGCGACAACAUGUACUUUUGCGGCCACUGCCAAAGCAAGCAAAUCGCGACGCGCCAGAUCCAGCUAGAUUACAGUGCGUUGCCACCGACGCUGUCGCUGCACUUUAUGCGCUUCGUGUACGACGUCCGAUUGCAAGCGAAGAAGAAGGUCCAGGACGCGAUUGCGAUGAGCGAAACCUUGGUGCUUGGGCCACACCACUACAAGCUCACGGCCGUGCUCAACCACAAGGGAACGACGGCGCAUGCCGGCCACUACACGGCGACGGUCUUUAGCCCCGACGUGGGCGACUGGUUUUGCUUCAACGAUGUCGACGUGUCGCUUGUCGAUGCGAGCGCCGUCGUCGGUCCGUCAAAGGAAGCGUACAUGCUCAUCUACUCGCGCGUCGCAACGCCGGUUGCGCCAGUCGACGCGAUUCCAUUUGCGAGUGACGUUGAGACGAGCAAUGCGCAGUUUGUGCUGGAGCAAGACGCGUGGACAACCGAGGCCAACGCGAUCCAAAGCAAGAUCGAAGAGCGCAAGAAGACGUACCGAAGGACGUUUGAGGCAUUUGCACCCGUACCCGAUGCGGACACUGAGACAUAUGCGUGGGUCGCGACUGCGUACAUCCAGCACUGGGUCCGAGGUGCCGACAUUGGGUCCAGCGGUGUCGGGUUUGCUUUCGACACAUCUGCCUAUUUGUGCGAGCACGGACGGUUGCAGCCAACGCUCGCGCGUCUGCACUACAAGCGGGUAUCCCCUCGGGUUGUGACUGCGCUGGCGCCUCCGCCAGAGGUAGUCGUGUCGAGUGCUACGUUUGGCUGCGACGACUGCAUGGAGGCGUGGAAAGCGACGACGUUGCAGCUGCACAACGAUACGCAAGGAGUUUUGAGCCAACUGUCACACCUCCAGGCAAACGACCAGGACGGCGUUGCGUACGUCAUCAGUCGCAAGUGGGUCAACGCGUGGAAGGUGUGCGUGCAACACGGUGUGAAGAAGGUCAAAACCAAGCCCGAGAAGCUCGACGAGGCAGAGACGAUCCUCAAGAACCCGAUCAACGCGGACAUUGUGUGCCCGCACGGCGCGCUGCGGCCCAACACGCGCAAGCAAUGGCGCACGAUCUCGCCUGUCUCGUGGGCAUACUUUUCGCGCGAAAACGCGGUCGCGCUGGAGCUCAAGGCGACAGGCAGCGCCCGCGAGUGCGACGAGUGCGCGGCCGUCGCGUUCAACUUGGAGGAGUACCAUGCGCAAGCGCAAACAGCGCGCGACGACGUGCUGCGCGCGAACCCGAUGCUCAAGAAGCUUUACAAGCGUCGGUUUGUGCAUCCGUUUGACGAUGCGACUGAGAUGGCGUGCGACGUCCCGUAUGUGGUGCUGCCGCGGCCGUGGCUCCAGCAGUGGCGCAAGUACUUUGACGACAUGAGCGUCGACGAGCCGCCACCACUAGACCUUGCAGCGUUUCAGUGUGCGCACGCCAAGUACGUGGUGCCGCACAACAUCAAGCACACGUUGCUCCCGUCGUCCGUGCCGGAGAAGCGCCAUGCCGACGAGGGCGAGCUCGUGACGGUCGACGAGUGGAUGCGACUGUAUGCGAUCUACGGCGGCGUCGACACGCCCUUUGUGGUGUUGAAGCAAAACAUAAGCCACGUGGUCUAUGGCACGCUGGAAAGCACGGCGGAUGUCGCCGAGAUCGAUCUUGUGCACAGUGUCCAGCUCUGCAAAGUGUGCGAAGCGGCGCGCGACGAAGAGUUUCGCAACUUUCACAUGGGUGUCGUGCACGUCGAGGUGCUUGGCCCGGACGACGCUGUCCCGUCCAACGCGACUAAUGUAAGCGCCACCGCGCUCUCCAAGCGACGUCGAUCGAACCGAAAAAGUCGCAAGCAGCGCGAAACGCUACACGUCGAGUGCAACGCUGACGACACUGUCCUCCUCUUCAAGCACAAGAUUCUCGAGCACUGCGACAUUGACCCGAACCACCAAGUGCUCUACUUCAAAGGCGUCCUCUUGGAGAACAACACGAGCCUCAAGGCGGCGGGGGUCGAAGUCCACGACACGGUCUUUAUGCAGGCGCUCGAUAGCGAGCUCGGCGACUCGGACGCGAUUCUUGUCACGGGUCCAACCACGGAGCGAGAGCAAGGCUUUCGCUCGACAGCGUUCCAUGCUGGACCAUCCUCGACUGCAUCUGCUGUCGAACUCGUGUGGGUGUGCGCGCAGUGCACGUUUGUCAACGACGCCGACCUUAUUGCCUGCGAAGUGUGUGACGCGCCCCACUAGUUGACAGACGACGACGACGACGCAGAUCUUAUCCUUAUCGUACAACAAUGCAGUCUUAGAGCGCGAUGCCGUUCUCGGCGCACCACUUCUUCAUGAUGCGCACAAUGUACUCGACCUGCGGGUUGUUGUUGGUCUUGAG